GGAUCUGGAAUGUGCGGCGGAGGGAUCUGUGUUGCGCGCAGGCCGCGUCCGCUCUUCCGCCCAGUUUUCCUAUGUGAUUCGCCUGCGCUGAAAAUGGAGUUCGCGUAAAGCAGAUCCUCAAAGUUCCCAUGAAGAAUCGCAGUCAUUCUGCACGUUCCGGUGACACUUUCUGUUCCGAGCCGAGACUGUCGUCCAGCUCCAGCCUCCCCCUGUGCGUCGAGGAAGCGUACAUUACACAGGGGUUCGUUUCAUUGCUGAAAUACUGCCGUGUGAACUUGUCUAUGAUCGGGUCCUGUGGAUUUUCCAAACUCGCUUUCGCUGGGAUUUUAGGAUUUUUGUCCGACCAGGAUGAGGAAGACUCCGAUGGUUUCGCCUCAGAAUGUGAUUUAUAGUGCAGAUGGAUCGAAGUGUUGCUUUCAUUGCUUUCACACACCAUUCCCGAUCUGAAUCCGCUGUUUUGGCGUCUCGUGCAGCAUAUCGACUGCAGAUCGGGUCGCUUUCUGUCAAUAAUGGCCUUUCGUGGCGGUUUCACGGAGAAAAUGGAGAUAUUUGCACUUUAUUUCCCCGCCUUGAGUGCGAACUCGAUGAUAUUUCCAGGAUUUGAAUCCCCGUGAGAAAAAAUGAGCGAAGAAUCAAAUCCAAACAACGAUGAGAGUUUUGCGCGUGUGAGAGCGGUGGUCAUGACUCGAGAUGACUCCAGUGGCGGAUGGCUUCCUCAGGGCGCCGGCGGCCUCAGCCUCGUCUCCGUACUCAAGAUCAGCCGAGCCGAGGCCGAAGACCAGUUCCUCAUCCACGGGGAGCGGCUCAAGGACAAAUCGGUGCUGCUGGACUGCUGCAUCCGGAGGGAUCUGGUGUAUAAUAAAGUCAAUCCCAUCUUCCACCACUGGAGGAUCGGCAACAUGAAGUUUGGACUGACCUUCCAGAGCCCAGCGGACGCCAGGGCCUUCGACCGAGGGAUACGGCGGGCCAUGGAGGACAUUAAACAAGGCGGCCCGCAGAACAGCGACACGGACACACCCGAGGACGCUUCAUCACUGGAGAGUGUGUGUGUGGAGACGCCCGUGAGAGACGUCUUCUGUCCUCGAGCCGUCGGAUCCACUGAACACUUCCGCGGCUCUUAUGUGCGAGUGCAGCCCUUCGACCAGACGCUCACUGCUAACCAGCGGUUCCUGCCUCCACAGGUCUCCUUCAACCCCAGACGUCACGUGAGCUUCCACAUGGACGAGGAGGAGAUUGUGCGCAUCAACCCGCGCAAGGACGUGCUGAUCCGCGGCUACGAGGACUACCGGCACCCGGAUCUGUGGAAGCGUGACCCUGAGCGCGAGGCCCCCGACGAGAAGAGCCCGUACGCCGAUGCCCCGGAGCGGCUCAAGCUCACGGUGAAGACACAGCAGCCCGCGGCUAAAGCGUCCCAGCGGCGGCGCGAGGACGGAGAGCGCUCGCGCUGCAUCUACUGCCGCGAGGUGUUCAACCGCGAGGACAACCGGCGCGGGCAGUGCCAGGACGCGCCGGACCCCAUACGCCAGUGCAUACACAGGGUGAGCUGCAUGCUGUGUGCCGAGAGCAUGCUGUACCACUGCAUGUCCGACGCCGAGGGCGACUUCUCCGACCCCUGCUCCUGCGACGCCAGCGACCCGCACUUCUGCCUGCGCUGGCUAGCGCUGCUGGGGCUGGCGGUGCUAGCGCCCUGCAUGUGCUGCUACCCGCCGCUGCUAGCCUGCCACCGCUGCGGAGAAGCCUGUCGAUGCUGCGGCGGGAAGCACAAGGCUGCCGGCUGAGCGGGACGAGCCCGCGGAUUUACACCGGCCCUCGACGGGCGUAGCGCGACUCAGUCCUGUGGAGAGCGUCGACCGCAGGCGUUAGCGGCGGCAGGAGCGUCCUCGCCGCACGGACACGGAGAACACGCUAACACAUCGCGUGCAACUAUGAAGAAAUGAUAUUGUGUACUUGUACAGUGGUUCUAACACUUGGCUUUUCCGUGAGUUAUUAACCGUGCGCUAAUGCGCAGAUGCGCUAAACAUGUUGUUAGCAUUAACGACAGCGGUCGCUAAGACUCUUGUUUCACGCGGCUGUAGAAUAUAUUCCAGAUGUUUUCUUUUGAUUCUGUCAAUCAUUAAUCCAACAGGCACUUAUAAUCCUGCUCUUGUCCGAGACUUUUAACCGCUGACGGUUUAAAACCCUGGAGAGCCACAGAAAAUGGACGUUUAUUCUUACUGUGGAAUACAAGUGUUUAUAUUUUACAUGCAUGUUUAAAAAGUGUUUUCUGUUUUUAAAAUCGACCUUGUUUUGACUAAUAACCAGAUGUUUUUUUGUGCAAAGAUGAUGUGUUAGUUGACACAUGUAUUUGAAACGUGUUGUGGGUAAAAUCCCGUCACGGUUAACUUUCUAUGCAAGUAUUUCCAUGAGACUCUCUGACCUCCGCACACACAGUCCCGUUCCUCACGUUAGCCGUCGUUCAGGGAAACUUCGCGCGGAAGAACUGUCUAUUGUCACUAGCGUAUGAAGCACCGCUCACACAGAAGUCACUUUAAAAUCAGCUUUCUGUUGGUCUGACAACUUUUGGUGCGUUCAAGUCCUCUUGGGAAGUUCGUAUUUACGAGGUGGGAAGUCGUGUUUAUGACAGCGUUCAAGUCAUUUUCGUCGGAGUCAGAUGGCGGUGUACCUUCUCUUGAUUAAUUACACAAAAAUACAGCAAGGUUCUAGUUCUAGAAAAUGAAGAACAAAGAAAUGUGCAUCAGAUGUGCUUUGCUUUUUUAUAUAUUUAAUUUAUGAAGCCACUGCAAAUUUUAUCAUUACAUAUUAUAUUGUUAUUGUAAUGCCAUCAUAAUCUGUGCAGGGAGUUAGCUUACUUCGCUGUAA